AUGAUGCAUGAAAGUUGCCACAAACGACAGGAGCAGGUUACAGAAGAAGAAGUCUACAGCAGGAGAGCACAUUGCACCAAGGGUCUCGGACACAAGAUGAGCUUCCAACGCCCACGAGAGUGGACGUCAGUCCCGGAGUACAACGAUAUCAUCGAUCGGCUUUUUUCUGUGUGGGACAACUCGCCUUCUGCUCAGGAAGACUGGAAAUCUGUGAGAGGAGGAGAAUCACAUGUGGUGGACAUUCAGCCUGAUCUGCAUGGGCCGGUCAAGAUGGCGAGAGGUCAAGGCUUUAUCCGCGCUACCCCGCAAGAAGUCUUCCAGGUCCUCCUUCACGUGGAGCGACGGCCGGAUUGGGAUGAUCUUUGUGACUACGGGAGCCAAGUUCGCCAGCUUGGGGACAACGCGGACAUUGUUUAUCUGUCUUAUCAAGGAAAGUUGGGAGUGUGCGCGAGAGACCUCUGCCUCCUCAGAGGUUGGCUUCAGAACCCUGACGGCAGCGCGAUCCUAGUUGCCCAUUCGAUAGAGUGCGGGGAUGUUCCGAAAGUAGCGGGGAAGGUGAGAGCUGGGCAAGAGAACGAGGAUGGGAUGGGAGACGAGGAGCAGGGAGUGGGAGAGGGGACAUGGGUGAGAGCAGAGUGUCACGACUGCGCGUACAUGAUCACGCCGAUGGAGGACGGAUGUUUGUUCUCGUAUGCCAUUCAGCUGGACAUGAAGGGAUACGUUCCUCUCUUCUUCUCGAAUCUCAUUCAAACUCAACACCCUCUUAUCAUCUCCAUGCUCAGAAAAAACCUCGAGAUCCCGUCAAUUGUAUUGGUCUCACAUGUCCCCGAUUCACAUGACAGCUGCCUUGCGAUCCGGGUUGGCAAGCGAUCAGCAUACAAGUAG